GUGAUAUUAAUUAUUAUUAUUAUUUCUGUUUUUUAGCCCCGAUAAGGCCAAUUGUCGUUAUGGCAUUGGAGGAAACAUCAACUCCAAGACUUAUAGUGGCAGCUUCCCAUACAGCCUUGUCUGGCGAUCUUGGAGUUCUUAUAAUCGAAUUACCAUCAGCAUAUCCUUUGACUACACCGUCCAUUUCAGUUCUCACAACAGUUGAAGAUGAGGAUGUUGAUAUUGAUUUGGAAGUCGAUGAUGAAGACUACAGUAUUGAAAGCGAACAAAUAUCGAGGAUUCAGGAUCCUUUUAUCUUAAGAAUCCUAAGACUAGAUGGCUUCACGUCGGAGCUAGUGGGUGAGGUGCCUGUGGACGUGCCUAAUAUUGCCGGAGUUAAUGUUUCGCUAAUAAUACCAUGUGGCUUUUUCUCCCGUGGUGGAACUUAUUCUCUACAGCUUCAACACAAGUCAGCUCCGGUUCCCAACCGAUUCACAGAUACUAUCAGCCUUCAUGAUUCACAGAUGCGCACGACUCUUGACGUGAGAUGGCCAACGCCGUCGCUCGCCCUGGAACCCCAGCAUUUCGACACGUACCCCAGUCAAUCAGUACUCGCAACUCUCGAAUACACAGGCAUAUCGUGCGCUCCGUCAAUCGGUGUACCCGUGCCGACCUACUCUGUGCAGCUCAUUUACUGCGGCACAAGCGUCUUAUCCUGUGAUCCUCGCAACAGAAGUCACGUGCAGAUGCUCUACACCGAAGAAAUAAAAGGCUUUCCCACGCAGAAGGUCAUCACUUUACGUUGCGAUUUUUUUGGCCUCGCCGGACACUACGCCCUCAGGCUAAAACCUUCUGAUGCUAACCCCAGUGCGCCUACCACCAGCGCUUAUAUUAAGGUGGAGUGGUCAGAUCUUUUUGUGUUCAACGUGCAUGCACGUUCGGUCUACCCAUGUGAAGGAGGCGGGAGCGGACGAAGCGGGGGUGGAGUUUCGGUGUUGUUCGAGUACCCGGCCUGUCGACUCGCGGGUGAUCGGGUGCGCGUGUACGGCCGACUGCGGGCCGAUGUCGACUCUCUGGCACCGCCCUCGAGUCUCCACUACGUCGCAGAACUCAAGGCGCCCGCGGGUGUGCACACGCUCACUUUCGACUGCGAUCUCUUCACCGAACGCUACGUCGAGUACUGUUUCGUCUACAUCAGCCAGGCCUACAAUGGGGCUAUGUCCGAGGUCCGCGUCGACUGCAUACCCACCUUUCCCAUACAAGAAACGGACGCCGGUGGAUGGGGUCAGUGGAGCCAAUGGACACCGUGCAGCAGCUCCUGCGUAGGUGGCUCACGUACACGCCAUCGCUUCUGUGACACGCCGCCCCCGCGAUACGGGGCGAAAUUUUGCCAGGGCGACCGAGUGGAAACGGAAGCUUGCGGCGGUUCAGUGCUAUUGGACCUGCGAGGCACUUGGAGUCCUGGCGAUUGGGAGUGUCGGCACGGUGAGGGCUUGGCUGUCGAUAGACCGGAAGUGACUGCCGAGGUCGGAACUAAGUGCCGCUGUGGCUGCUCCCUUAACAUUGAUCUCGAAGAACACCGCAAAAUACUUGCAACAAGUAGUCGAAUCUGCCCCGGGCGGUCGUUUUGGCUUAUCCAAACGAAGCCCAGCCACGUAGUGAAACUUCAUCUGGAUCAAGCGCGAUUCCCCUGUCAAGGUCAAUACGCGCGUGCGCGCGAUGGUGACUCUCUAAUUGACGAAUUGUUGGCGGACAUUGGUCUAAAUAAAAAGGAGCCUGCCACAGGACAAAUCGUUAGUACGGGUCCACGCAUGUUGCUCGAGUUUUUCAGUGAGGAGAGGCUCGCGGGACCCGACCCUGGAAGUUGCCUCGCCGGAUUUCUGGCACACGUCAGCGUUGCGCCAAAACCACUUACGGUGAAUGGAACAACUUCGCUGUCACCGGUGUACCUAAAUCCAAAGGUAAUUGCGGCUUCUUCUGGACGAUGGUCAAUAUGGUUAACACCAGCUCAUCUCGCUGCCGCUUCCCUUCUUAUCCUUACCUUUCUCGUCUCUAUGUUUCUGGCACUUCAAUACAUCUUCAAAUACCGAAAAUACGAAGUUGCCGAUGAUCUCGACAGCCUUACCGACAAUUCAGCGUGUAGCGGCUCGAUGCAAGGUAUCACAAGACGAGCGCGGGCCAUGUCCUCAUCGACCCUUAUUUCCGAGGUCGUGUCGCUGGUGCGACUUCCAAGACGAGCCACGACAAGGCAUACGAGGCUUAACGAGACGUCUGCUGAUAUUGAGGAAGGCUACGAAAGCACCGAGACCCAGCCUGAUGAUGAGAAUGAAGAUGAGGACGACGACUACGACAGAAAGGAUGAGAAUUACGGAAUGCUGAAACGUGAAAAGGAGUCGAGUAGUUCACAGAGGACAAUAAUGGCCGAUGCCAGUAUGCUUAACACUCCAACAAAACAAUUGUCCAGCUCGAGUGUCUCCAUGAAGACGGCGGUGACAAUGAUGACAAUGCCGACUACGACGACAACGCCUGCGGCUGACCCCAUUCCUACAACCGGACACGCUGAGGUCAAAUAUGCUCGUCCAGUUAAGCUACGUACAUACGGACCGAUAACCCCGGUGUUGGAAGAAGCCGCUUCAACAUCCGAAGAUGGAAGGCAAUUCAGCGCUACGAGUGCAUCGACCAGUCUGAAUAACGGCUUUUCUCCAGCGAGCAGUUCAUCUAAUUCCACUCUCCGACGCUACAACGGAAAAGAGUCGAAGGAUCGUCGAAAUCGAGAACGCUUGCUGCAGGGCCCGGGAUCAGAAUUCAGUCUGGCAAAUCCAGAUUUAGAUUUAGAAUUAGAUUACUAUGACUAUAACGUGGUGAACGCAGGAGCUGCCCCUGGUUCCUACCUCGGCAUGGACCCAGCAUUCCUCGUCUGGAUUCCGCCUCUUACCGAUGAUGAGACUGAUCUCGUUUCUCAAAAAGAAGAAGAACCUCGGUACGGGGAAAUUCCCGAAUGUCCAGUAUAUUUGAAUACCGAAGGGAUUGCUCUAAGUCCAGCACAAUAUAGGAAAGUCAGAGAAUCCCGUAUGGAUGAUUCUAGUGACAACGAUUCGGAGGAUAUCAUAAAGCCUAAAAAGUUAAACCCAGCCGAAUGUCAACUUCAUGAUGAAAUUAUCAUGGAAUAUAAGGCAAGAUUAGUUGAAGGAAUGCUUCCAAUUCAUAGGGUACUCGAGGAAUCUAAAGUGACAGUCAGCGAAGAUUCAUUGUCGAGUGUUUCAGAUGUCAUUCCUAAUAGAUUGGAUGCUAAGGGGAAGUCAUUCAGUAGAGGAAGACUUCCGAGAAAGCUAAAGAAAACUAGUCGCUGUAAGAUUCAAAACAAGCAAACAAAAACAACCAUAAGUAGUGAAUCUAGUAGUCAAUCAUUAGCAAUCCAAAAAACGGAUUAUAAAUCAAUUGAAGCGGCAGUAAAUGACUUAGACAUAUCAAGAACGAAAAAGCACUUUCGAGAUCCGGACAGAGACUUUUGUGAGGUGCAUAUUUCAAACGCAAUAAAUUCACCUAGGACUCCAAAUUUACCUCGAAAAUAUCAAGAUAUCGUCAAUCUUAAUCUUUCAUAUGACGACGACAAAAAGGAAUCUGAAAAUAUGGUAAACAUUCCAUUGGCCGAAUUUUCAAGAAAUCGGAUAGAAUCGCCAGCUAAACUUAAUAAUCGAACUUUAGUUAACAAGAAAAUCUUAAGCAUUCAAAAUCCUGAUUUUGGAGUUUCUAUUGAAAAGACGAAUGAAUCAUAUUAUGAUAUAAUUGCAAAAAAUGAUGACGACAUUAAGUUUGUUGAUGACGAUGAUGAAUAUAUCGACAACAAAAUUAUUGUGUAAGGUUAUUC